CGUUCCCGGAGGCGGGAGGGCUUUGGACGCACAGCAACUUCCCCCCUCCAGAGAAGCUGUGGUGGUGGGAAAUACCCCUCCCCUUUGGGGGACAGGGGGUGACUCUGAGUGUCAGCGGUGCGCUUCUGCGUCCGUCAAUGAUCUUCCGACUGGCGACUGCCUCCCAGAGUUUCCGCGGGGAAGGGUAUCAAUGGAUAUUAUAAAGGGAAACUUAGAUGGAAUUUCAAAACCAGCCUCAAAUUCAAGAACACGUCCUGGGAGCAGAGGUUCAAGUACUUCCUUGGAGGUGCUGUCACCGGAACCAGCGUCCUUCAAGGGUGAUACUGCAAUCAAGUUGAACUCUGGUAAAGAGAACCACUCAGACAGCAGGAAUGCAGAGGAAAGUAGAAACAAUGAUGAUGAUAAAGGGGAAAAGGACUCUGAGCAAAAAUUGGUGGAGGAUGGGUCAGAUGAAGAUCUGAACUUCGUUCAACAUCAGACAAUUCCUGAAUGUUCAGAUGAACCCGAAUUAAAAGAAUUAGAUUCUCAACUUCAAGAUGCUAUUCAGAAGAUGAAGAGGCUUGAUAAGAUAUUGGUGAAGCGACAAUAUAGAGAAAAAGAAAUUAAGAAGCAAGGUCUAGACAUGAGAAUAAAGCUGUGGGAAGAACUUAAGUCUGCAAAAACUAGUGAAACUUUGCAAAGUAAUGAAGAGAUGGAAAAUACAAAAAAGUUUCUAGCUUUGACUGCUGCGUCAGAAGAAACUGCUGAUCCUUCUCGCUGUGAGCAUGAAGACACAUUUUUCUCAGUGUUCCACACUCAAGUCCCUCCAGAAGAAUAUGAAAACUGUAUACAGAAUGCCAAGCAAGAUUUUACCUAUGAUGUGGGAGGAAAUGAGUCGUUGAUUAAAGCGAAAAAGAAACCUUUCUCAGAUACAGAAAAGAUUGAGCUCCGGGGUAAACACAGCCAGGAUUUCAUUAAGCGAAACAUUGAGUUGGCCAAGAAUUCAGGAAAGCCCGUGGUUAUGAUUGAUAGAGAGAAGAAAAGGCUGACUGAACUUUUGAAGGACCCAGAUGACCAAGAUUCGGGGCUGUCCUGUUCUGAGGGCGAUCAGUCUGGCUGGCUGGUCCCGGGAGAAGGAUAUACACUUGCAGUCACCCAGCACCAGCAGCUUGCUGAAAUUGACUCAAAGCUCCAAAAACUUUCUGCAGCCUCACCAACAACCUCCAGCUUUUCUCCAGGACUUGACAACCAGAGCGAUCAGGAACCUGACCUUCAUGAUGAUGAUAGAAAUAUGGAAAUAACUCCAGGAGAAGAGGUGCUUCGCAACACCAAAGAGCAACGAGAUCAGCAAAACCGGCUGCGAGAGAUAGAUGACAAACUGAGGAAGCUGAAGGAAAAUGUGUUAGACUCAACAUCACUUCUCUCUGAGGAACAGUUAAGGUGUCUUCUGGAUGAAUGCACGCUCAACCAAAAGUCCAUGAGUAGACUUCCUUCAGAAAGAGAAAAGGAAGACAUUGAGGAUAUAACACCUGAGGCCCCCCAUCUUUCCAGAUCCAUCCUCUCUGAGCUCCUAAAUGGAUUAGAAACAAAGGUCAAAAGCACAGAAGUGAAAGAUGCAGAUAUGCCUGAGAAUGAGGAAUGUGAAACACACGCAGGCUACUAUCUCACCAAAGCCUUGACUGGGCAUUACAUGUCCCAGGCUCUUGUCAUCGAAGAGGAGAAUUUGAAAUGCCUCCAAUUUUCCGAGGACGAGGUUAUUACUGACACAAAAGACUACUUUAUGUCGAAGACUCUUGGCAUUGGAAGACUGAAAAGGCCUUCUUUCUUGGAUGAUCCACUGUAUGGCAUCAAUGUGAGUCUUUCAUCCGAAGACCAAUGUCUGAAAGUCAGCCCUCCAGAGAAACCAGAAACAGAUGAACAGGAGACUGAAGAUGUGACAGAAGAAUGGAAAGAAUCUUAAGCAAAGACUGGCUGGGUGUGCUUUUAAGAAAGUUGGUAAAUUCAAUUACAUAUUUUUUUCUGAAUUCUUAUAUUCAGUGACUGCAUUUAUAAGGGCCAUUCCUCAAAUAAUGAUUUUAAUAUUUGGAUUUUCUCUACCUGGAUUAUAUUUCUUUGAUAUUUUUGAGACUUGGAGUACAAUUGGUCAGUGGCGCUUUUUUUUUCCCAUUGAAAUCCUUGGUAAAAUUGUGUUUUAUUGCCAGUCUUGUAACAUCAGGGAUACAUGAUAGAAACCAACAUUUUAUGUAUGUGUGUGCUAUGUUCAAAUUAGUUGAAGUGCUAUGAUGACUUUGUAUUUGAUUUUAUGUGUUACAACCUCCUUGGGAUUCAGACAGAUUUAAUCACUAUGAAUUCUUACUUGGGCCCUGAUUUUCCAGCUUUCCUCCUCUCUAAUGCCUGGUGGUUAAGUACAACUCGCCAUGGAAAAAAAUGAAUUUUCUCAACAAAACAAUGUUAGCAUAGACUGCUUUCUUAUUAGCAGUGAUACUUAGCUUAAACAGGAGUUUGAUUGAAUUACUCGAUUUUUAUUAUCAAUUAUCUUUCAGAAUGCAGCAACAAUAUACCCUGUUGGAGAGAGUAUUUAUGUCACAAGUUUGAGCAGAGGCUCUAUGCCUCGCUUUGACGGAACCAGCUUAAUCACCUUUGCAUCUCUGAAGCAAAUUCUAUGGCCAGGGGAUGGACUGUGAUGAUUGGUGUAGUCAGGGAUUCAUGCUUGCUUUUCCUAGAUGGGAGUUGGGUUAAUCUGCCUGGAAUAACACAUAGAAACUAGGGACAAUAGUAAAAAGUAAGCAGUAGCAAUGAGUGCUUUGGGGGAAGCAGACAUAUAUUCACUGCGGUUUCUAACCUCCUACUGUUUCCCAAUGAGAAUUCUAUGGUAAACCCUCUAAUUUUAAAUAACUUGAAGACUGGAGGGGAUAAAUAAUAAAUAAUUAUUCAAAUAUUAAAUAAUGUGUUGAUGCCUCUCUGUGUUAGACUGACAGAUGUCAUAGGAAGAGACAACCGCUUUCUAUAUAGUAAGUUAGUAGAUAACUGUUACAAAAGAACCCUAUAUAGAGGUCUUCUAAAUGUUCUUUUUGGAGAUUCUUAUGUUACAGUGGUAAUAAAUGGAUGAUAUUGUUAAAUACAUAGGUAUUAAUCAAAAUGCCGUAAGCACCAUAUAGAGAGGGCAAAGGGAAGACACUCAGACUUUUUUCUCUAGAGUGCACUGGAAGAAAUUAGAACGCAGCAAAUAAAGAUCAGCUGCUUAAGUUCUGUGGUUCUAUUUUAAGAGAGAAGUUUUGUCUAGUUACAAGGCAGUCACUCGCAUUCAUGAGAAAAUUUUAUGUCAGCACUUUUUGACAACGAACUGGCACUGGAACUAGAAGUCCAGUUUAUUUCUGAUGACAAAGAAAUGAGCUGGCAACUGUGCUGCCUUAAACGGGGUUCGGAGUGAUAGGUGUGUAGCAUGGUUAUUUUUUGCUCACCUAUUUUCAUCUGAUAGUGGAUGAUAUUAAUGACUGCUAACAUCACAUUUCCUGGACUUUAAAAAAAUGAAUCCUGUAGCUACUAUUUUCAGAGGAAUCGAUAAGCAGUUUCUUUUUUGGGCCUCCUCUUUCAGUGCACAUGAAAAUAAAAUAACAGUGGUUCGCGUCGAUGUUGCUGUGUGAUGGCGUAGUUCAUCUUGACGCGAGGAGUUUUGGUGUGGGGUACCAGCAGAAGUUAAAGUCAUGCUUUUAGACUCUCCUAGCUAGGAAUGACUCGCGUCGUAAAGUCUGAGUCAGGGGAGAGGUGACAUGGGUGGGAAUUUGGAGUAGUGACAGAGAGGAGCCAUUUUGGCCCAUCGCCCUGUCCGAGGAGCUCCGCUUUCUAAAUCUGUGUGCUUCUGGUAUUUGAGUGUGUGUGUGUGUGUGUGUGUGCGUGUGUGUGUGUGAAGGGUUGGGGGGUUGAGAGCUUAUGGCUUCAUAAUGUGUUUCUGCAAAUGGGUAUAGUGAGCCUUUAUGUUAUAGGAGUUUAAGAGAAGGGAAGACAGAAUGAUCUUAAGUAAAGGAUUUUGCCGUUGAAAGAGGUGACACCAUUGAUUCCAUAGCACAUCAGCUGAAGGGACCUCUAACAGGGACUGGUAAGUUGAUACAUAAUUCAGAUGAGAUCAGGUCCAUUCAGGGGGAUAAUGUAAUUCGACAUGAAGCCUCCAGAGUUUUGUUUUCUUAUUUUAUUAUUUAUUUAUUUAUUUUUAAGAUUUUUUUUUCUUUAUUUGACAGAGAGA